ACACAUUCUCAAAAGCUGUCCGGGAAAACCUAUAUUAGAAUGAGACCAACAUCAAUGCAGUCCAUGCAGCUUAGUAGACCCACUCAAUCGAUAUCACGUCCAAAGCUGCAGAGCAUAGCGCAUGCAGUGUAGUUAAGAUGCAUUCAACUGGCAAUACGUUAUUUUCAACUCUCCUGCUUGGAGAGGAUGUAGCUACAUGUAUACAUAUGUAUACAUAUACAGCAAUGGUGAAUCGUAUCGUUUGAUACAAACCCCUAUAAUGUGACGCGGUCCAGCAGAGCAACUUCACUUGAAUUGUAAAGCUGAUUAUGCCAUGAUUAUGCCUAACUCAGGGCCAGCGGAUUCCGCCAUGAGGUUCAUCAUGGACGCAAUAAUCAAACGUCCCGGCAAUGUGAUAUUGACAGUAGUAUGCGUGAUCUGGGCUGCCACCAUCCUUCUGGUUAUUGAUACCAAAAUGAACUACACGUUGGAUACAAGGGAAAAGGAGUGUUCGUGCGCGUCUCGUCAGCUGUCAAUCAAGGACAGCAAUGAUGACCAGGUCCAGACUCAAACCGUCGUCAAAUGGCUGACGUACUGCCGCAAGGAAAUCCCGGUGGACGGCGGCAGCGAAAAGACCACAGUCCGACGGAGCAAGACUAGACGUGCGCACGGGAAGAAAAGACCGCCCCUUGUCAACCCGCAUCCGUACGACUUCUCCAUCUCAAACGCGGACGCGUGCGUCAAGGGUGCCAAUCCCGAUGGUUACGUGGACGCCCUGUGCCUCGUGUUGACAGCUCCCAGUGACAGUUACACCCGCACGCUGAUCCGCAAGACCUGGGCGAGUGUCAGACGCGUGAAGGGUAAGCGGAUCGUCACCAUGUUCCUCCUUGGGCAGAGGGACGAAGAGACACAGUUCGUCAUAGGUCUGGAGGACAACCAUUAUCACGACAUCAUUCAGGAGAAUUUCUACGACUCCUACUACAACCUGACACUCAAGACCAUCAUGGGACUGCGCUGGGCAGCGAAGUUCUGCCCCAACGCCCGCUACAUCCUGAAAGUGGACGUGGACAUGUUCGUCAACGUGUACAAUCUCGCUGACCGCAUAGAUACUGCCCCAUCACGCACCUUUGCCGAGGGUAACCUCAAAGACGUAACGAAACCCAUACGGGACAGGCAGAGUAAGUGGUACACGUCUCCGGAAGUCUACCCUAACGAGACGUACCCUCCGUACCUGUCUGGUCCCGCUUACCUGAUGUCUGGAGACCUCUCUGCCAGCAUCUUUGGUACGUCACUCAGGACGAGAUUCCUUCCAUGGGAAGACGCUUAUGUGGGUAUCAUCAUGCACAAGAUUAAAGUGAAACCCCGCUACAACGCGAAGUACGACAACUACGAAAAUUACCCCAGCGAACAAGACAUGCUUCGGAAAACUAACGAAUUCAUCGCAUUCCAUCUUGGAGAGGACAAGGAGGAGAACAAGGAUAACAUUAUGAUGGUUUGGAACCGAGUGCGGAUGCUCAACGGCAUUCCCAUUGAAGAGUAGCCAAAUUAUUUUAACAUUGGAUAACAUUGUUCUUUUGAACUUUGAUCAAACUGUGUAGUGACGAGUGAGUAUCCCGCAAAAAAUAGACGAUCGAAACUUGGAAACGGCAGACAUUGGCACAUGCUGAGGGUGCCCUUAAGUGUAACUGUAUAAUAUAAUUAUUGCCGAUUUGUGACCUGCUAUAGCAUAAUGAUGAAUACCCCACACUUUGGUCUGGAAAAAGCUGCUCUGAUUGGACAGUUUUGAUGGCAGUUGGCGAUCCUCUCUAAAUUGCCUGCUCCGAUUGGUGGAUUCUCCACAUCGCCCAGUGGCUGUGGGGCUCCCUCGUCCAAUGGGAGCGUCUCUUUGAUGACUUGUAGCGGGAUUGACGACUCAUCAUCCAGGGAGCCAAUCAAGAGGGCCUUUUUUUCCAGACCCGUCACGGAUUCCCGGCGACAAGGCUGGAUUAAAACUGGGUCACAUGAAACCAUCACCAGUUGACAUGGCAACUCCAGGCAUGAAACACGGAUUUAAACAGAACGCGGUGCCUCAACCUGAAAGCAAACACAUUGCAUUUUAUUGACCUCCUUAAAUCGUUCGCAGUGGCUAUCGUUGCGACAGCUGUAACACAAUUUCAUCACUGUAAUGUUUUAUCACAAUG